AUGCCUAUCUAUCUGAGCAUGCAAAGAGUCCGCUUCUCCAGCCCAGACGCUUACGAGAAGUUUAAGGUUCUCUUCGCCGACACACGUCGCCACCUUAUGACACUCCCGGGAUUUCUGCACCUAACAUGGUGGGAACACCCUGACGAUAGAAGCUGGUAUAACGAAUGCAGUUUCUGGACAAGUCGUGGUGCUCUGUACGACUGGCACAAGAAUACCUACCAUAAAUACUGCAAGGAGUGGGCAGCUAACGGGGCUAUCAUGGAGGACAUCAUCACUAACUUCGAGCUCGUUGGGACAAGACUGCUUCGUGUGUGUCCUGUGUGUAAUCAUACUCAGGAUAAGAAGUACAAUCUUGCUGAGGAGCAAGCUGUUCUUCAUGAACAGUGUCCGCAGUGCGGGUUUCACUUCCCGGUAUUGGAGGAGACCCCAUCAAGUUUUGCGGUUUUCAAGGAUGUUCCGGGUAUUCCUAUGCCAGAAGGGGCCCCGACAAAGGUUUAUGGCAGUAAAGUCGAUGGGAGACAGACUGAUGGGAAUAAGGAGCCAAGUGGCUGUCCGAUGUGA